AUGGUGGCGCAGUUUGGAGUGCAAAAGAGUGAGUUAGUAAGCAUGAUUUACCGGUUGACUGCCGCCGCCGAGGAUGGGGCUAAUUGUGCCAUCCCCGGCGGUGACUACGAUAAACUGUCCAGACUGUACAGACUCCAGAUCCUGGCGGACGGGAUCCAGGACGAUUCCAGCAACGUAACUCGGUUCGUGAUGCUUGCUCGAGAGUCGAUCAUACCACUGACUGACCGGCCGUUUAAGACGAGCAUAGUGUUCGCGCACGAGAAGGGGACAUCGGUGUUGUUUAAGGUGUUGUCGGCGUUCACUUUCAAGAAUAUAAGCUUGACGAAGAUAGAGAGCCGACCUCACCGGAACCGUCUGAUCAGGCUGGUCAACGACGCGAACGUUGGGACGGCGAAACACUUUGAGUACAUGUUCUACGUCGACUUCGAAGCAUCCAUGGCGGAGGUUAGGGCACAGAACGCGCUGGCGGAGGUUCAGGAGUUCACGUCCUUCUUGAGAGUGUUGGGAAGUUAUCCUUUGGACAUGACGCCUUGGUGUCCAUCCAGGGGAGAUUAACAAAACACAUGAGAAAUUAAAAUCAAUUAAAAUUCUCUUCUUUUUUUAUUUUUAUUUUUUUAUUUUGGAAUUAUUAAAAAUUCAUGAUGAAACAAGCAAAAUUGUUAAGUAAAUAUAUGCAGAUGAUGAUGUAUUUCAUCACUUGUAAGAAGGUUCUGAAUAUCAUUUUUUCCAGAAUUAUG